AUGGGCGACGAGGAAGAAGAAGCAAAUGAGAAAACAUUAAAAUAUUGGAAAAUGAAAUAUCAAAUUUUAUCAGAUGAUUAUCAAAAAGUAAGUUUCAAAUUCAAUGUUUUCGGAUAGAAAUCUUUUUUUAAGCCCCACGUGACUCAAAAAUAUUCAAAUUUCAGCUCAAAACUCGAAGUGAAUCACUGGAAAACCAGCUCAUAGAAAUUGUAGAACAAAAUGACUCGCAAGAAUCAACAAGUCAACAAAAAGUAGAAAAUCUUGAAAGGUAAAUUUGUUUUAUAAAAACAAUGUUUUUCCAAAAAAAUUUUCAGUAAAUUGCGGGAAUCGACAAAACGAGUGGAACAACUUGAAGCGGCUUGUGUAUGUUUUUUUAAAAUUUCCAAUUACUCGAAAACUCUUAAAAUUCCAGAUGUUUUAUCGUAGUCAAUGUAGAUCAAAUGGAAAUCCAAAUGAAAACGAUUUGAAAUCUUUGAAAAUGCCGGUUUUUGAAAAAGGUGAUGGAUUCAUUUACGGGUUUCGUUGGAAAGCUUCCAGUCAAAUUCAUAUUGUUUGAAUUAAAGUACUAAUAAAAUAUUGCAUUUUUGGAUUUCAUGGAAAGUUCUCAUGUCAAACACCUCACUUCCGAUAAAACCAAGAAACCAGGAAAUUCUAUCCGUCAAGCCUACAUCUAAAAUAAUUUUCAGAGAAAAAAAGAGACGCAUUAAUUUUUUUCUACUCUCUCUUUUUCUUUUUGAAUUAUUAAUAUUCCGCAAAUAUUUAUUCGGUCUUACCACAAGUUCAAAUUCAGAUUUUUUUUCGAUAUUUAUUGCAUUUUUGUUUAUAUGUUUAAGUAUACAAAAAUGAAUGUUCGAUGAAACUAAACUGACAUUUGAGCAAAAAAGAAGUAUUUCGGAAUUCUAGAAUAUUUUGAGCAAAAAAUACAGUAAUCCUUUCUUUUCUCUUCUGUUCAAAUAUUCCCUGGUCCCAAAAAUUAUUUUUUCUUGAAAAAUUUCAAAAAAUCAACAAGUUCAACUUUGCUUAUGCUGAAAUUGUAGUAAUGACGCGCAAUUUGUGGCUUCAAAAUUUCUUAUAUAGAAAAUGUCAGGUUUCACAUUUUUUGUGAAUUUUAAAUUUAUUUUUGUUCAAAAAUUUCAUUAUUAAAUUUUGCAUCCAGCACAAGAGCUUCUCUAUGAAUCAAAAAUUCGAAAACAAAAAUACGGAAUUCGAUUUUAUGCAUCUAAAUUUUUUUGUUGAGAAAAACGGUGAAAAAUAUUUUGAACUUGACAUUUGUUCUUAUUCCGUUUUCAAAAAAAAAAAAUGCUAAUUUAUCCUUUUUGUUUCUUUUUGCAUUUUUUGAAGCGGAAGACACAACGAAAAAUUGCAAUUAGUUUGAAUUUCAGCUGGUUUUUGACACGUUCUUCUUUUUCUAAUCUUUUUUUAAAAACUUUGAAAAAAAUAUCUGGAUUAUUUAUGAAAUGUUCUUAACUUUUUUUGAAUCCAAAUCUUUGUGUUUCAAAACGAUAGAUUACAUUUUUUGAUUUUCACGCAAGUUUUGAAUUUUUCUCGAAUAUUCUCUCUCGAUUUACUGUGUUUUUAAGUAAGUAGAAAAUUGAUUUGAGAUGCAGAAAAUGUCAAAUCCAGACUGGCUCAACUAGAUUUAAAUUUUCAAAACAUACUUUUUUUUCUUCUUCCUAAAUCUCAGAAUCUUGCACAAGUUCCGCUGAACUCUUUUUGAUCAUCCAAAUGUUUUUUCCUAAGAAAAAUUAAUUACUCAUAGUUAAUUAGAUAUUCAUAAAAAAUAUUUCUCGUCUCGCUCCUAAUUUAAUUCAAAAAAUCAUGUGCGCAAUAUCUAGAUAUCUUCAAUAUCAAACACCUGGACAAAUGUUCUAAUUUGAUAUACAAAAUAAUGCCUUUUGGCUUUUUUUCAGUUCACUACGUUCCUGACAUUUUGAAAGUUUUCUUCGGAAGCCCGGAUUAUAGAUAGUUUUUUUUGCUGAAUUGAGAUUAGUAAAAGGUUUUGAUAUGUAAACAUUUAUCGAGAAAUGUGUAAUUAUCUGAGAAAACUUCUAUUUUUGUUACUUGCUCAGAGUUUUUCUCGGCAGUUUUUGUAUCGGACCUGAGGAAUCGGACCAGGUCCGAUUAAUCGGACCCGAUUUUGAAGGUAUUUUGAAUCGGACCAGUGACACAAUUUUUCAAUAGGAAUCGGACCACAAAAAAGAAAUCGGACCACCUUGCCUUUUUUGAAUCGGACCAGAUAAAAUCGGACCAGGUAAAAAAAAUCGGGCCAGGUAAAAUCGGACCAGGUGACAAAAAAUCGGACCAGGUGACAAAAAAUCGGACCAGGUGAAAAAAAUCGGGCCAGGUAAAAUCGGACCAGGUGACAAAAAAUCGGGCCAGGUAAAAAAAAUCGGGCCAGGUAAAAUCGGACCAGGUGACAAAAAAUCGGACCAGUUAAAAAAAAUCGGGCCAGGUAAAAAAAAAUCGGGCCCAGGUGAAAUCGGACCAGGUGGCAAGAAAUCGGACCAGGUAAAAUCGGACCAGGCAAAAAUCGGACCAGGUGGAAUCGGACCAGAUAAAAUCGGACCAGGUGAAAUCGGACCAGGUGGAAUCGGACCAGAUAAAAUCGGACCAGGUGAAAUCGGACCAGGUGGAAUCGGACCAGAUAAAAUCGGACCAGUUUACCAGUUUUUCUGGGCGUUCACUAAGCCUAAGCCUUGAAAGACAGAAAAGUUAAAGCUUUUGGGCUUUACUGGCCCGGAUAUUAGGCUUAGGCUUAGUAAACGCCCAGAAAAACUGGUCCGAUUUUUCGUUACCUGGUCCGAUUUCACCUGGUCCGAUUUUUGCCUGGUCCGAUUUUUUGUUACCUGGUCCGAUUCCACCUGGUCCGAUUUUUACCUGGUCCGAUUUUGCCUGGUCCGAUUUUUUGUUACCUGGUCCGAUUCCACCUGGUCCGAUUUUUUGCCUGGUCCGAUUUUACCUGGUCCGAUUUUGCCUGGUCCGAUUUUGCCUGGUCCGAUUUUUGCCUGGUCCGAUUUUGCGUGGUCCGAUUUUUUGUUACCUGGUCCGAUUUUUGCCUGGUCCGAUUUUACCUGGUCCGAUUUUUGCCUGGUCCGAUUUUGCCUGGUCCGAUUUUACCUGGUCCGAUUCAAAAAACACAAGAGGGUCCGAUUCCUUUUUUGUGGUCCGAUUCCUAUUGGAAAAUUGUGUCCCUGGUCCGAUUCCAACAACCUUCAAAAUCGGGUCCGAUUAAUCGGACCUGGUCCGAUUCCUCAGGUCCGAUACAAAAACUGCCGUUUUUCUCGUGAUCAGAUUUUUUUUGAUUUGGUGUUCAGUAGAUUUUUAUAUGUUUAUUGAUCAGGGUACUGUAGCAACAUAUUUCAGUUUCGGAGAAAAUUUGAUAAUAUUUUGAAAUUGGAAAAUAUAUCAUUCAGGUUCCGUGUUUCAUUUGAAAAUUUAUACAAAUUUGAAUUUCGGUUAAUCUGGGGGAAUUUUCUCCGAAUAAAUGCUUUAAAAGAUGCAGAAAUGAUUAAAAACACACUUUCAGAAAUAGACAAAUAUUUUCAUGUGAUUUCUUUUUCAAACUUCAAAAAAAUAUUGUUUUUUAUUCCAAAUUUAUUAUCUGAAAAUACAAGUACGUUCCAAACUUUUGCCAAAAUUUUUUCCAAUAUUGUUCAACUUGAAUUCCUUUUUUCCUGAAUAUUGUUGAUAAAUCAAACAUCUGAAAUUUGUUUAUACAUAGUUUUGGAAGUGUCAAAUUGGCUUCUUACUAUUCUCAAAGAUUAUAAAAUGGUUUACAAAUCUCAAAAUACGGAAUCGUUUUCCAAUUCUUUUUGUAGAAAAUAUGUGUUGAAUUUAUAUAAUCGCGUGACACUUGAUUAUUAUACCUUUUCUGCUGUUUUUUUGCUGAAAUAUAUUUCUAACUCUGCAAUUACAAAUGUUUUUGUUAUUUCUUUAAAGACACGUAGAAAACUAGAAUUGUGUGUUCGUAAUCUUCAAAAUUUGAACGCGCGCCUUUUUUCAAAGUUGUGUGCUGUUCGUUUGAAAAAAGAAAUAAAUAAAUAAAAUGUGGUGGUACGGUAUGCUAAGAAUGCACACAUGUGCGGCAAAUCACGGGCAUUUGUGCAAACACCAAAUUUCGCGUCGGCUGAGCGAUUUCAAAAAAGGCAAUUUCUUUUUUUGACUUUCGCUAAACUCAAUAUUUUUCAAUUUUGUUUAUGUACUUCCACUAUUUAAAGGAUGAUAAAAAACAUGCAAACAAUGAUUUUUGAACGAUUUCUAGUUUUCUACGUGUCUUUAAAUGUUAUUUGAAAACGAAAAGUUAAAAUACACUAAAGUUGAAUUUUGCAAGUUUCUUCCCUUUCCAAUUUCCAGAAAUCCAAUGACAAUUAUUAAUUGUGACAAGCAUGUUUUACUCGAGGAGCAAAAUAAGUUUUGAGCUCGAAUAAUUUCAUGUUGAAUCAUCCUUUUCUUUUCUUCUCUUCAAAAUAAAAAUCUUAAUUAUAUGUACACAAUUUUCCAGCUUAUUAAAAUUUUCCCGCUUUUUCCUUCUUCAUUUUUUCUCUUAUUCAAGAAACUUUUUCCGUUUUUUAGCGAGACAAAAACAUGUCCUCAAGAUAUAGGGCAGACUACGGUAGAUAUACGCUUUUUUAAUUUCCUGGACUUUCUUUUGCCUAGAAUGAUACAGUAACUGUUUUUGAUAUAUAUUUUUAUUAGAACAAAGAUUAGUCUUGUGAUAUUGUUUUUGUCUUUCUUGCCUAAAAAACUCUUGGAUUAUUUUCAUAUUUUUUCUCAUAAUUCGGAUGAAAUAUAAAAACUGAAAAUAAAGAAGGAUAGGUUUGAGGUCGUAUUGAGUGCACUAGACGUUCGAUUUUUAAUUUCUUUUUUUUUUAAAUAAAUUUCAGUUUUUUGAUUAUUACACAGGAUGUCAUUAAUCGCAUUAAUCUGAAUAUUUAUUAAUUCUAAUGUUUGAUAUUUCAAAAACUUUUCCAACAUUUUAAGGAUAAAAAUAAUAAUUAAAUUUUUUAGAUGGAAAACAUUACAUCAAUUUUGGCCUCAAAUGCGACACUUGCUGACGCAGUAACUGCCGUGACUGUGGAAAAUAUAACUGUUCGACCUUCUUCUAACUCGUCAUCUCCUUAUCACUUGGAUAGAAUUCGAUUUAUUUACGUACAAGUUCUUAUGGUUCAAAUUCUACUUGGUUGCUCAGGAAAUCUGAUGAAUCUUGUGGUUUUAUUGAGUAGAGCAAUGCGAAGUCGAACAAAUUUGGUAAAGGUUUUUAGCCGGAAAAACAUUGGGAGUUCCGAACAAUUUUUUAGUACUCAUUUUUUCGAACAAUCAAACCAAUCAUAUCAAAUUUCCAGAUAUUUGCGGCAAUGGCUUUUUCGGAUCUUUUUUUCUUGAUGUGUCACAUAACUACAGUACUCUAUUUUUUGGUGAGUUUGAAUAAUUCGAAUUCUAUAAUAACUUCUGAAAACUUUCCAGGGACCGUUUUCCAAAAGUCUUUUUUAUUAUAAUUAUUCUCAAUACAUUUCUGGUCUUGCUAAUUGGGCAUCAGCAAUUUCAAUUUAUUGUAUGAUGUAUGCAACAAUCGAACGUGUUCAAGUAUUUCGAAGUCCAUUUAAAACUUCGAAAAGAUCAGCUUCUUGUCGAUUUUUCAUGAUUAUGUUAGCUAUCACAAUUGGGUCUCUCUUUUUGUCUCUUGUUCAUUUUGUCCGCCCCAAACACCGUUUAGAAAGUCGUUUAGCACAAAUUUUAAUGGUAAAAUAUAUCUAGUUUGAUAACAUUGAUAAUUCUAAAUAUAUUUUCAGAUGGUCAAUAUGAUCUGCAUUGUAAUAAUUCCCUUGUUCGUCACAACAAUUCUUAAUGUUCUUCUGAUUAUGGCUCUUCGAAAAAACACAAUGCCAUUGAGAAUGUUAAAUGACAGUCAAAUACACAAAUCGUUGAUCAUUCAAAGGACAAAAAAUGAGAGAAAGGUACAAAAAAUUUGCGAAUUGAAAGUAUCAAAUUCUUUUAAAAUUUCAGGUUACCUUGAUGGUUGCAGUUAUUAUAACUUGUUUCAUUGUUUGUAACACACCUGGAGCAAUUGUUUUUAUUCUCAAAGAAUUCAUGCCUGGUUUUGAUAUGGUAAAUUAACUUUCAUCAACAUAAAAAAAUGCAAAAACUGAAUAAUUGCAGAGCAACGACAAUAUUUUGACACAAGCUGUUUGUAAUUCGUUGACAAUUACUGGAAAAGUUCUCAAUUUUCUUCUCUUCUGUUUGAGUUCUGGUCACUUCCGCGCACUUCUUAAAAAACGACUAAAGUUUAUUUUUCGUAUCAAUCCGAGGCCACGUCGAAACACCUACAGUACGGCCACAAAAACCUUCAGUGUACCUUUAAAUGAUCUCUAA